AUGCCAGAGCACAACCAGGGUGACAAGAAGCCCAGGCUUAAUCACGCAGAUCUCACCGACGCCGACAUGACUGCAGAGGAGAAGCAGCGCGAACGCCAAAGAAGAUGGAACACCGCCAACAAGCGUGCAUGGCGUAAACGGAUGUUUAACGGAAGAAGGAGGAGAAAGGAUAAGAAGAAGAAGACAGAGCAGACCGGUACUAACGCUGAGAGUGAAGAACAAGGUCCUCGAAAGAGGCAACGUGUUUCCUCGCCCGACACACAUCCUGAGGCGGGGCGUUCAAAUACAGCGCCUGUCGAUAUUCCAAUCGACCCUGUCCUCCUUAAUGAGGAAAAUGAGCUUUCGUAA